AUGUGGUGAAUUUUAGCUAGUUUUGAGAUGUUUUUUGAGCUAAUUACUUGAUUUUGAAUUCUGGGUCUUCUUUUGUUUUUGGAAUUGAAGUUUGAUUAUACUCAUGGCAAGUAAAAAUGGGUGUUAUCAGUCUCAGCAGAAGAAAAAUUCAUCAGGUGAAAGUAAAGAUGAUCUGUAUCAUGAGCUAUGGCAGUUGUGUGCAGGUCCAAUAGUGGAUGUUCCAAAGGAAGGAGAAAGUGUUUAUUAUUUUCCACAAGGCCACAUGGAACAAUUGGUAGCAUCAAUUAAUCAAGAAAUGGAUCAAAGAGUUCCAUCAUUCAAUCUCAAAUCAAAGAUCCUUUGUAGAGUUAUCAACAGUCAUUUCCUGGCUGAGGAAGAUAAUGAUGAGGUCUAUGUCCAGAUCACUUUGAUGCCAGAGGCACCAGAUAAAGCCGAGCCGACUAGUCCCGAUCCAGUCCUUCCGGAGCCUGUAAAGCCUAAAGUCCAUUCUUUCUGCAAGGUUCUGACUGCCUCCGAUACAAGCACUCAUGGUGGAUUUUCUGUUCUAAGGAAACAUGCUAAUGAAUGCCUUCCUCCCUUGGACAUGAACCAGCAGAUUCCGACCCAGGAAUUGAUUGCGAAAGACCUUCAUGACAUGGAGUGGCACUUCAAGCAUAUAUUUAGAGGCCAACCUCGGAGACAUUUACUUACCACAGGGUGGAGUAACUUUGUUUCUUCAAAGAGAUUAGUGGCAGGGGAUUCUUUUGUAUUCUUGAGGGGUGAUAAUGGAGAACUACGAGUUGGGGUCAGACGGCUUGUUCGCCAGCAGAGCUCAAUGCCAUCAUCGGUGAUAUCAAGCCAGAGCAUGCACCUAGGAGUCUUAGCUACAGCAUCUCAUGCUGUUACAACCCAGACCUUGUUUGUUGUUUACUACAAACCGAGAACCACUCAGUUCAUCGUAGGCCUCAACAAAUACUUAGAGGCUGUUAAUCAUGGAUAUUCAGUUGGCAUGCGAUUUAAAAUGCAGUUUGAAGCGGAAGAGAAUCCUGAUAGAAGAUUUAUGGGCACUAUAGUUGGGGUUGAUGAUCUUUCCUCACAGUGGAAAGAUUCUGCGUGGCGAUCCUUGAAGGUUCGAUGGGACGAGCCUGCAGCCAUUGCAAGGCCUGACAGAGUUUCUCCUUGGGAAAUCGAACCUUAUGUGUCUUCAAUUCCAAAUGCCCUUGUCCCACCAACCGCAGGGAAGAACAAAAGGCAUCGGCUACAUAGUGAAAUCAAAAUAUCAGAACCUGCAUCCUCAAUUGCGUCAGCGGUUUGGAAUCCUUCCCUCGACUCGCCUCAGUUUAACACCUCUGGCAUCAACAGCAGUACUAAUUGCACAUUAACGUCUCGCACAGAGAGUGGUUGGCCGCUUCCUCAUUUAAAUACUUCAGGUAUGCUUGUGGAUGAGACAGAAGACAGUAGAAGUGCUUCAACUUGGUGUGGUUUUCCAUGCGUUUUGGCCCCGCAAUUCGGUCAAGGGACUAAUCAGCCGAUUGUUAUUCCUACUGAUGAGAGAAAAUGUAAUACCAAAACAACCUGUAGAUUAUUUGGUAUUGACUUGAAAAAAACCUCAAUUAGCACUACUGAGGCACUACUACCGCCACAGCCAGCCGACAUUUCUCGUGUCUCCGCAGAGAGAGCACCUCCAAACAUGGUGCCUGCUGGUGAUUCAGAUCAAAAGUCUGACCUUUCAGUAGACUUCAAAGAUCAAAUGCAAGGCCAUUUGCGGUUACCCCUAAAGGAGGUUCAAAGCAAGCAGAGUUGUUCCACCAGGUCUCGCACAAAGGUGCAAAUGCAAGGCGUAGCUGUAGGUCGUGCAGUGGAUUUAACCAUAUUGAAAGGAUACGAUGAGCUUACAAAGGAGCUUGAGGAGAUGUUUGAAAUCCAAGGAGAGCUUCAGUCACGACAGAAAUGGGGGAUCUUGUUUACAGAUGAUGAAGGGGAUACGAUGCUUAUGGAUGAUUAUCCGUGGCAAGACUUUUGCAAUGUGGCGAGGAAGAUUUUCAUUUGUUCAAGUCAAGAUAUGAAAAAAUUGACCCAGUCUCGCGCAGACAGUUAAGUGACUCCUUUCAAAUGAAAUGAUGGCGGAAGAUGGUGAAAGUUAAGACUCCGCCUUUUGAAGUUGUAUCAUUUUGUGAUCUCUU